AACUGCGUUUGAGCUCCGUCACUAUAUUCUUUUCAUUGACUAUUUUUAACUUAAAAAUCUAUUUUAUACACCAUCGUUUCCGUUUAUAUAACGCGUGAAUAUAUCCUCUAUUGUAUUCUACAACAAAAACAAUUAGAGCGACUCGCUAUCACUAGAUUUAUUUUGAUCUCCCGGGUCCGCUAUUAGCUUUUAGCCAGUUAGCAUCAGCAAGCGUGGUUGCUGCUAACUGAGCUUACAUUGCUAAUACUCUAUUCACACACAUUACCACUGCUGUACUCACUGUUACUUGCUUUAAUGGCGGAUGAAUGUCUCCACUCUGUGCAGCUCGAGCUCGAGGCCGUGGGGAAGCAGAUUCGCGACCUGGAACGGAGGCAGGCCGAGCUGAGAGAGCGGAGAGCCGCGCUGGAAUCAUCCCGGGCUGACGCUCACAAGUCCGGGGCCCGGUGCACCCAGGACGCGAUCUUCCCAGAUGUCCUUCACUGCGACGCCGGGACACCACGGACCCUGGGUGCAUCCACAGCGGAGGAUGCGAGCCGGGUCCCGGGCGACGACAUCUCCCCCUCCUGCCUUCGAGAUCUCCAUCCAGAACCGCUUCGCUCCCCUCCGCGAGACAGGACGCGACGCUGUGAUCAUCGGAGACUCCAUCGUCCGACACAUACCCGCGAUCCUGAAGGACGACGAGAGCCCGAGAGCGGUCGUGCUUCACGCCGGGGUUAACGACACCACGCUGCGGCAGACGGAGACGCUGAAGAGGGACUUCAGGAGCCUGAUCGAGACGGUUCGCAGCACGACGCCCGCGGCGACGAUCGUCGUGUCAGGACCACUGCCCACGUAUCGACGAGGACACGAAAGGUUCAGUAGACUUUUUGCUUUAAAUGAAUGGUUGUUGUCAUGGUGUAAAGAACAGAAACUGCUAUUUGUUAAUAACUGGAAUCUUUUCUGGGAGCGUCCUAGACUGUUUCGCGCUGAUGGAUUACACCCCAGUCGAGUCGGAGCGGAGCUUCUCUCUGACAACAUCUCCAGGACACUUCGCUCCAUGUGACUAGUAAGUCAAUUCUCAAAUAACCAUUAUGAUGAGUUUUGUUCCACCCGCUUAAAUGAUAAAAGUACUUGUGCUGUAAAACCUAUUAAGACUGUGUCUGUUCCCAGAAUAGUGAGGUCAAAAUAUAAAUAUAAAUAUAAUGUAGGAUCUAGAAAAAAUCUUAUCGUAAUUAAACCAGAAAAAUGUAAAGUAAAUGAACAAAAACAAUUUUUAAAGUUUGGGCUCAUAAAUAUUAGAUCACUCACACCAAAAGCAGUUAUUGUAAAUGAAAUGAUCACAGAUAAUAGUUUUGAUUUACUCUGCUUGACUGAAACCUGGCUAAAACCAAAUGAUUAUUUUGGUCUAAAUGAGUCUACUCCACCAAACUACUGUUAUAAGCAUGAGCCCCGUCAGACUGGUCGUGGCGGGGGUGUUGCAACAAUAUAUAGUGAUAUUCUCAAUGUUACCCAGAAAACAGGAUACAGGUUUAACUCUUUUGAAAUACUAAUGCUAAAUGUUACUCUGUCAGACAUGCAAAAGAAAUCUAAUGUAUCUCUUGCUCUGGCUACUGUGUAUAGACCACCAGGGCCGUAUACAGAAUUCCUAAAAGAAUUUGCAGAUUUCCUCUCAGACCUUCUAGUUACAGUUGAUAAGGCGCUAAUCAUGGGAGAUUUUAAUAUUCACGUUGAUAAUACAAAUGAUACAUUAGGACUUGCGUUUACUGACCUAAUAAACUCCUUUGGAGUCAAGCAAAAUGUCACCGGGCCCAUUCAUCGUUUUAAUCAUACACUAGAUUUAAUUAUAUCGCAUGGCAUCGAUCUUACUGCUAUAGAUAUUGUACCUCAAAGUGAUGAUAUUACAGACCAUUUCCUCGUAUCGUGCAUGCUGCGUAUAACUGAUAUUAACUAUAUGUCGCAGCGAUACCGUCUGGGCAGAACUAUUGUUCCAGCCACCAAAGACAGAUUCGCAAAUAACCUGCCUGAUCUAUCUCAACUGCUAUUUGUACCCAAAAAUACACAUGAAUUAGACAAAAUUACUGACAACAUGGGCACUAUUUUCUCUAAUACAUUAGAAGCUGUUGCCCCAAUCAAAUUGAAAAAAGUUAGAGAAAAACGUACUGUACCAUGGUAUAACAGUAAUACUCACUCUCUCAAGAAAGUAACUCGUAGUCUUGAACGCAAAUGGAGAAAAACUAACUUAGAAGUUUUUAGAAUUGCAUGGAAAAACAGUAUGUCCAGCUAUAGACAGGCUCUAAAAACUGCUAGGGCAGAGCAUAUACACAAACUCAUUGAAAAUAACCAAAACAAUCCAAGGUUUUUAUUUAACACAGUGGCUAAGUUAACAAAUUACCAGAUGCCACCUGAUUCAAAUAUUCCACCAACGUUAAAUAGUAAUGACUUUAUGAAUUUCUUCACUGAUAAAAUAGAUAACAUUAGAAAUACAAUAGCGAAUGUAGAUUCUACAGCAUCUAACACUUCAGUUUCAUCCAUCGCACCCAAACAUAAACUGCAGUGCUUUACAACCAUAGGACAGGAGGAGCUAAAUAAACUUAUCACUGUAUCUAAACCAACAACAUGUUUAUUAGAUCCUGUACCCACUAAAUUACUAAAAGAGCUGUUACCUGUAGCCGAAGAACCGCUUCUCAAUAUCAUAAACUCGUCGUUAUCUUUAGGACACGUCCCAAAACCAUUCAAGCUGGCGGUUAUCAAGCCUCUUAUUAAGAAACCAAAACUAGAUCCUAGUGUACUGGCAAAUUAUAGGCCUAUUUCAAAUCUUCCAUUUAUGUCUAAAAUUUUAGAAAAAGUUGUGUCUGCUCAAUUGAGCACCUUCCUGCAUAAAAAUGAUCUGUAUGAAGAAUUUCAGUCAGGUUUUAGGCCCCACCAUAGCACAGAAACUGCACUUGUUAAAAUUACAAAUGACCUGCUCCUUGCGUCAGACCAAGGCUGCAUCUCAUUUCUAGUCUUACUUGAUCUUAGUGCUGCGUUCGACACCAUAGAUCAUGACAUACUCAUAGAUCGAUUACAAAACUAUACAGGUAUUCAAGGGCAGGCUCUAAGAUGGUUUAGAUCCUACCUGUCUGAUCGCUACCAUUUUGUUUACUUAAAUGGGGAGUCAUCUCAUUUAUCAUCAGUAAAAUAUGGAGUGCCACAAGGAUCCGUCCUAGGUCCCCUUCUAUUUUCAAUAUACAUGUUGCCCCUUGGUAAUAUUAUUAGAAAAUACGGAAUUAGCUUCCACUGUUAUGCUGAUGAUACUCAGCUAUAUAUCUCAACGAGACCAGAUGAAACUUCCCAAUUAUCUAAGCUAACAGAUUGUGUUAAAAAUGUAAAAGAUUGGAUGACAAAGAAUUUUCUCCAAUUAAAUUCGGAUAAGACGGAGAUAUUAAUUAUUGGACCAAAAAACACUACACAGAAUCUUGUAGAUUACAAUCUGCAACUAGACGGAUGUACUGUAACUUCCUCUACAGUCAGAAAUCUGGGUGUUAUAUUAGACAGCAAUUUGUCUUUUGAAAAUCAUAUUUCCAAUGUUACAAAAAUUGCAUUCUUCCAUCUUAGAAACAUUGCCAAGCUACGAAACAUGUUAUCUGUUUCUGAUGCAGAAAAGCUAGUUCAUGCAUUCAUGACCUCUAGACUGGACUAUUGUAAUGCACUUCUAGGUGGUUGUCCUGCUUCUUCAAUAAACAAGCUACAGGUCGUCCAAAAUGCAGCAGCGAGAGUCCUUACGAGGUCAAGAAAAUAUGAUCAUAUUACCCCAAUUUUACAGUCUCUGCACUGGCUACCUAUUAAGUUCCGCAUCAGUUACAAAUUAUCAUUACUUACCUAUAAGGCCCUAAAUGGUUUAGCUCCAGCGUACCUAACUAGCCUUCUACCACGUUACAACCCAUCACGCACCCUAAGGUCACAAAACGCUGGACUUUUGGUAGUUCCUAGGAUAGCAAAGUCCACUAAAGGAGGUAGAGCCUUCUCACAUUUGGCUCCCAAACUCUGGAAUAGCCUUCCUGAUAAUGUUCGGGGUUCAGACACACUCUCUUUGUUUAAAUCUAGAUUAAAAACACAUCUCUUUCGCCAAGCAUUCGAAUAAU